GCGGGGAGUGGGUCCUGGCUCUGGCUUCAGUGCAGAUUUUUGGCGAUUAUCAUCUUAGCUUUAUGGCCGUAGCCGAGGAGGGGCUUGAGGACGUCACAUUUGCCAUCGAUGACAUCACGACUCUCGAACGCUCGUGCCCCGCCCUCGCCUCCUGCACCUUCGAGAACGGAUUGUGCGGGUGGGCAGAGGUCGAGGGCGUGGGCGACGUCGAGUGGAUCAUGAAUUCCGGGAAGACGCCCGUGGAAGCCACAGGGCCCUCUUAUGACCACACGCUGCAUUCUGAACGAGGACAUUACUUGUACGUCCAGGCAUUCACGGCAUGGGCGGGGGCGCGGGCGGCUUUGGACUCGCCCUCGCUGUCUCCGGGGACAUACUGCUUCGAGUUCUAUUACCACAUGCGGGGGCGUCAGAUGGGAGAACUGGCAGUGUCAAUUGUAACCAGCAAGGGAGAGAACCAAGUUUUCAACCGAUCCGGCAACCAAGGAGACCAGUGGCACUUAGGGAGAGUGACAAUAGCAGAGGACCGGGAUGUGGUUCUGAGAAUCCUAGCAACUGUUGGUUCAGGAGAGGAGAGUGACAUCGCAAUAGAUGACACGUGGACAUCGCUGGGUGCUUGUGAGGAUUUUCCUGACCAGUACCUGUGCAGCGACGGCUCGGUCAUCGGCAUCGGCAAGAGGUGUAACUUCGUCCCCGAUUGCGAAGACAAGACCGACGAGGAUGACUGCGGUGAAUGUGAUUUCGAGUCCGGGAUGUGCGGCUGGGGACUCCUCAACAACACCGACUACCGCUGGGAGUUGGGUCGUAACCUGAGCGACGAUGGCUACCCCAACAGCUUCAUCUACGACCACACUUUAGGCACUGCAGAGGGCCACUUUCUCUACGUGGACAAGGGCGUGGGGGAAUACGAUGGCCCUGCGGUUGCCCUCUCGCCUACGCUGCACGACGCCUAUGUCGACUGCGGCUUCACCUUCUGGUACCGCGAGGUGUCAAGCACGGACCUCGGCCAGAAUAUUGUCGUCGAAAUCGGCGUUCUCAGGGACGGGGAAGUCGCGCCCGCUCACUACCUGGUAAACGACCGCGAGAGACAUUGGGCGAAAGCAGAAGUCGUCCUUUUGGACUGGAUGGGCGAGUUUCAGCUGCGAAUAGCGGCUGUUACAACGGCUGGACCUUCCGCCCUUACACUGGAUGACUUUACCUACAGCAAUUGCCAAGUACCUAAUACUACUAUGGUUUGCCUCAAUAAUCAAAUCACCUGUGCCCAGACAGGUUUAUGCGUUGACGAGAGCCUAGUAUGUGAUAACACUAAUGACUGCGGAGACUUGACCGAUGAGGUAGACUGCGGCGAUCACAGUGCUAUUUGUACCUUCGAAGAGAAUCAGCCCUGUGGCUGGAUGCAGGAAAAGGAUCAGGACGACCUGGAUUGGAUAUUAGGCAACGGUGCAACCCCAGCCGGCGAACACAGUCAUCUGACAGGUCCCUCAGCUGACCACAGUACUCGGCUCCCUCUUGGGCAUUAUCUGUACGUCUCUCACCCCCAGGUACAUUCUGGCACUCGCAGAUCCUGGCUUCUUUCUCCCGUUCUACAAACUGCCGCAAAUGCUCAGUGCGCCUUGAGAUUUCAUUUCUAUAUGUAUGGAAAGAACAUCCAAGAACUAAACGUCCAUACAAGACAACAAAUUUACGGGGACAUGACACUGAGCUUCAGCAGGAAGGGAGAACAAGGACAGUUUUGGAAUCGAGGAGUCGUUUUCUCAGCCACCGCCGAGCCCUUCCAAUUCAUCAUCGAGGCUGUGACGAAUGGCGAAGACUACUCCGAUAUUGCGAUUGACGACCUCUCACUCACCGUCGCUUGCCUCGCCCUUAAUGACACACUGCCCAUUGGUACAACUCAUCUCCCCCCCUCCAACCCAUGUAAUCCCGGAGAAUUCUACUGCGGCGUCGGGGAUGAAUGUGUAUUUGCCUUCCAGCAGUGCAACUGGCAGACUGACUGUUCUAAUGGCGCUGACGAAGAGAACUGCGGGGCUUGUGACUUCGAGUCUGGAUACUGUGGGUGGCAGGAUAGCAGUGUUGGAAUAUACCAGUGGCGGCGGAUACCUGCCGGUGAAGUGUCUCCUUUUUUGCAUCCAUCAGAAGACCACACUCUGGGCAGUGACUCUGGCCAUUAUUCUUAUCUUGAAGGAGCAGAUGGGUUAGUGGGAAAAACUGCUGUCCUAUCAAGCCCAUAUCUCUUGCACCCACAUGUUGGGUAUUGUGAACUACAUAUCUGGUUAUAUGCCAGGAAUAGCAUAAAUGUUUAUUUUGCUGUGUACAGUAAUGGAGUUGGUAAUUCUGUUAGGCAGCUUGUUUAUAACAUGACCUCUGCACCUGAAGAAACAUGGUUCGAAGUACUCAUAACAUUAAACUUUGUAAGUGUCUAUACUUACUUGACCCUUGAAGCAACACCUGUGCUCGAUGAGAGUGAUGCAUGGGCUGAGUCACACUCAUCCCUUGCUGUGGAUGACAUCACUUUCUUUGACUGUGACGAGAAUCCUCAUAAUUUAGACUGCAAUUUUGAUGAUCCAGAUUUCUAUAAAGGAUUUUGCAUGUGGCGCCAAUCUUCUAGUGAUCAGCAUGAUUGGAAGAAGUCAGACAUGUUUCCAGAGCCAUUACCAGAUCACACAACUGGUUCAGGUACUUACGUGUUUGUCGAUUUUGAAGACUCGACCGCCAGAAAGGGCGACAAAGCAAAACUAGUUAGCACUUUACAGGAAAAGCCAAUUGAGUAUGAGAAUACCUUUACUCUGUGGUACUAUAUGUUUGGAGAAAAUGUAGGAAAAUUCAGGAUAAUCAUGAAUGAAGUAACAACAAAUUCAGAAUACACGCUUCUAGAAUUAUGUGAUUCUCAAGAGGACCGAUGGCUAUUCUUUUAUGCAAUACUCGAUGUGAAGGACGACUUUUUUAUUACUCUCGAAGCUGAGUGGGGCGACCUCGGCCCAGGUCUGAUUGCAGUUGACGACAUCGUUAUGAAGGGGAAACUCCAAGAGUCACUCUGUGAUUUUGAAUAUGAUUUUUGUCAAUGGAAGCAAGGAGAUGAAGGAGACACAAUAUGGAAAAGAACUCAAGGAAAGAAUAGCGAAAAUGGAUGCCCUUCAGUGGACCACACAUCUCAUAGCGAGGGAGGCCACUACCUGUGCCUACGUCUAAAUGGUCAUGGCAGCAAGGGCUUCUUAUUUUCUCCAGUUUAUGAAUCAGUUGGUGUACAGUGCCUCAGAUUUUGGUAUCAUAUGCUGGGGAAUGAUGUAGGAUACCUUACUGUCCUUGUACAAGAUCAAAAUGAUGGUGGACCCUUUGUUCCUGUUUGGUCCUUUAGUGGCAAUGCCUUCGAAAUGUGGAGUCAGGGCUUGGUCACCCUUCCAAACCUUCAGAAAUAUGUGCUUAGUUUUGAGGGAAUAACAGGCAGUAACAAUAAGAGUACAAUAGCUCUGGAUGAUCUAGAAUUCAUUCCUGGUGCCUGUCCAAAAGUACACACAUGUGACUUCGAAUAUGACCUAUGUGAUUGGUACAAUACAAAUAACGGAGAUGACACCUUUGACUGGAUAAGGUCCUCAGGUGAAAAGGGAGAAGGUCCUAUCAUAGAUCACACAAUAGAAUAUGAAACGGGUCACUAUUUGAUGGUGACACUACAGGAUAAGGUAAAGGGAGAUUCUGCUGUGCUCCAUGGAGGUCUUGUUCCAGCUUCAGAAAAGUGUAUGACCUUUUGGUAUUCGAUGCAACACAUUGUUAAUAGUACAUUGAGUGUCAUUAUGGUUAGUGAGGGUGAUGGAGACCCUCUUAUAGAACUUAAGAAUUCCUCUUUAGAGUAUAUAUGGGAAGCAGUCAUAUUAACCAUAGAUGCAGAGUUAGAAUACUAUAAUGUUAUGAUCAGACUGUUGAUAGAUGAAGACAUAACAUCCACAUACCACAAAACAGUUGCCAUUGAUGACCUUGCCUUCACAAAAAGUUGUGCAGUUGUAACACAACCUAUAACACCAACACCAGUGCCUACACAUCAACCAACACAGUAUGACUGUGACUUUGAGAGAGAAGAUAGUGAGACUUGUAACUGGCAACAGGACACAAAUGAUGGCUUGAACUGGCAGCGAUGGAAAGGCAGCACGCCAACAUCAGACACAGGGCCACUCACUGACCACACCACAAUGACAGAAGAUGGCUUUUAUCUAUAUGUUAGUACCACAAACCAACCUGGGCGCACUGCAAGACUUAUAAGCCCCACAAUUGACUUGAGUGGUGAAGGGGCUUGUUUGUCCUUCUGGUUCCAUAUGCAUGGCUUGGAUGUUGGCAGCCUAGCUGUGAGGUUACAGGAGGGUGCCACCUUCAAUCAGCUUCUCUGGGAACGAGCUCAUGAACAAGGGCGUGGAUGGAUGCAAGCUCAGGUGCAAGUUAAACAUGAAAAGCUAUGCCGCAUGAUCUUGGAGGCAGUACCUUGGGACUUUGGAAAAGGUGAUAUUGCUCUUGAUGAUAUUACUGUGGAGUUUGGCCACUGCAAGCUUGGCAAACUAUGUGAUUUUGAAAACGGCUUGUGUAGCUUUGAGCAAUACCUCGAGGAUGAACUAGACUGGCAACUAACAUUGGCCUCAUCAUCUGGUGUGGGAGAUGGAUGGGGUACAGGUGAGGACCACUCACUUGGCACUGGUCUUGGCCAUUAUAUCCGUCUUGAGGGAGAAGGCACAGGUGAGAUUUUUACCGAUCAGAUUGAUGCCAGUUAUAAGUGUGUUCAGUUUUGGGUGUAUUCUAAUGGAGAUUCAAUGUAUAAACAGACAGAAUUAGAGGUACGCUUACGCACAGGUGAUAUAGUUGAAGAUAAACCCUUGCUAACUAUUACAGGACUUUAUAGCCAUGCAUGGAACUUAUAUAAGUUACAAGUUCAAAGUGUUUCGCCCUACUCACUUAGCUUUAAGGGAAAAGCAUAUGCAUCAUCUUUUCUAGGGCUUGAUGAUAUCAUACCAAAGUUAACAUGUGAAAACUUUGAUGAAUGCAAUUUUGAGAAUGAUAUGUGUAUGUGGAGAAAUGAGGUUAUAAGUGAUGAUUCAGACUGGUCUCUCAUAACAGCUGAUGGCCUGUCUGACAAAUAUAGUCCACAAGUAGAUGCUACCUUUAAUAGUGUUUAUGGUGGCUUUGUAUAUGUUAAUACAGCAAACACAGAUGGCACAAAUAAGCGAUCAGAAAUCGUACUGAAUGUGUUAGAGCCAAAUAUAUGGUGCCUAAGUUUUUGGUUUCACAUGCAAGGGUUAGGGCAGCCCAGUUUAGCACUUAUAGCACAGGAAUUGGACCACAACACAGAGGGCACACUGUGGAUUCAAAAAGAGACUUUUCAUGCUGAUUGGAAAUACUCACAAGUCACAGUAGAUAACACAGCUUCAGACUCUGAUGUUUUAGUUCACCAUAAUCUCAAGUUUGCUGCGGUGUCUGACAAAGGGAAACCAGGCAUCAUUGCUCUUGACCAAACACAAGUCACAAUUGGACACUGCAGUAAUGAAACAAUGCAAAACUGUUCCAUGAAGUGUGACAGCCUUUGCUUGUUACAAGAGCAAAUGUGUAACUUCAUACAGGACUGCAGUCAAGGGCAAGAUGAGGUAUUCUGUGGGUACAACUGUACAUUUGAGGAUGCAGACGAUCACUGCACUUGGCACAACAUGGAAAUAGGCGGUGACUUAGUGUGGUUACGUAGAAGAGGUGAAGGUAAUGAUUCUUUCACUCCUCCUGUGGACCAUACCCUCCAGACUAGCCAGGGUUACUAUAUGGCUGUCACCCCAAGUUUCCCAGACAUCCGAGUGCCAAUUAAUCCCCUCCUCCUCAGCCCAGCUCUCCAAAAUUCUGCACCAAACUGUCGCAUGAGUUUCUGGUAUGUGGUUUAUGAAGUGCCCAAUAACUACCCAAAUUCGAAGGUAAAUUCUUUGAUUGUCUCAUACAAUGUGAGCGACAUAAACACCAUAUUGUCACAGAUUUUUGCCACUCAAAAGGAAGAGUGGAUGAUGGGUUUAGCAUAUAUUGGAAGGAUACGCACCCAAUUUACAGUUCAGAUUGAAGGUAUAAGAAAUCUUGAACUACCAGGGUACAUAGCAGUGGAUGAUAUUAAUUUUGAAGAAUGCUUUCUUCCUUCGCCACAGGAAGGUGAAUGCACAGGCUUUUCAUGCGAAAACAGAGCCUGCAUUUCUUCAUUUGCUGUUUGUGACUUUGUUGAUGACUGUGGAGAUUAUACAGAUGAGAAAGAUGGCACUGGUGAGUGUGACAAGUACGUAGGCAGGUGUAACUUUGAGGAAGAUGAGCCAUGUUCUUGGAAUGAGGAAGAUGGAACCAACUGGAAGACAGGAUCCCCGAGCCAAGAUGACAUCAUACCUUCACGUGACCAUACCUUGAAUACGGCCUCAGGCACUUACAUUUAUAUAGAAAGCAACAUUUACAACCUGAAUGCAACCACAGCUAGACUGUCUAGUCCUGUCAUCCAUGUUCAGGAAACAUAUUGUACCGUGAGGUUUUAUUACUACUCAUAUGGUAAAGAUGUUGACAGAAUUGUUGUCUCAACAAGAGAAUCGUCAAAUGGACCUCUACAUGAUCGACUUUUCGUUAGAGGUUCUGUAGGACAAUACUGGGAACGAGCAGAACUGUUCAUUCAGAAAGAGGAACUAGACAUCAAGCCAUUCCAGUUCAUAAUUACUAGCGGCACCGUCAGUUUCUCAGGUAGUUCAGGAACUUCAGUCAUUGCUCUUGAUGAUAUAUCUCUUACCAAUGGUUGUCAGCUCACAGACGAUACAAUACCAACUGAAACAACGCCCAUAACAACAACAACAGAAAACCCAUGCAACAGUGGUUUCCAUUGCAACAAUAAUCAUUGCGUUUCUGCUGAAAGUGUGUGUAAUUUCAAUGAUGAUUGCGAUGAUGGCAGUGAUGAAUCUCACUGUGGUGAGUGCGACUUUGAAACUAACACAUGUGGCUGGGAGGAUGUAAGUCAUGGUCAGUACCGUUGGUCAAGGGCAAAAGAAACAGUGGGGCAUGUGAGUUAUAUUAUGAAUGUAACUGAACAGCUAGAGGGAAUAUCAGACAAUGCUGACCUAGAGAGUGUCAUAUUAGGACCAACAUCAGCCUCAUGUACCAUGUCAUUCCUUUACUACAAAAGUGGUGAAAAUUCAGCUCUUGUUGUUACUAUGCUACAGGUCUCCAUGGAACUAACACUUUGGGUUACAACAGAUAACGUGGGUGAAAGGUGGCACACACAGACUGUUGGUAUUCCUGAACACCCUGUUGGUUGGAAACUGAGGUUCAGGUCUAUGAAAUUUUCAAAAGAAGACAGAGUCAUGAUAGAUGACAUACAGUUUCACAAUUGUAAGCAGCCAACACCCAUCAUCUGCCAUGAUGAUCACUUCUCAUGCAGUAAUGGCAAUUGUAUCAAUAAGACUCUUGUAUGUGACUUUAGCAAUGAUUGUGGGGAUGGCUCAGAUGAGUUAGUUUGUGAAAAGUAUCCCGGCAGAUGUAAUUUUGAAGUAGAUUUUUGUAACUGGCAGCAAGAGCAUUCUCCUGACCUCACAUGGAUGAGAAAGACAGGUGACCUGUUAGCAGAAGGCACUGGUCCUGGUUAUGAUCAUACCUAUGGAAAUGAUACUGGAUACUAUGUAUAUCUUCAAAGCGUUGAAGGUUCAAAAGGCAAAAAAGGUCAGAUUUUUAGUGAAUCCUUUGCACCUACGAAAGGGGAAUGUCAUUUCAGAUUCUGGUACAUGAUGAGAGCAAACCAAAGUGCCACACUGAGAAUUUUUGGCGAAGAAACACAAAAAAGCACAACCAAGACAAAAUAUGAACUGUUCGAGACAUCGGGUUCUGAUGACUAUCUUUGGAUUCUGAAAGAUCUGGAUAUCAAUAUUCCAAGAUACUUCAAAAUUGUUCUAGAGGGCAUUGCUGGGAAUCCCAUAGAAGGAGAUAUUGCUGUUGAUGAUGUUUCUUUCUCAGAGAAUUGCCACAGCCUCUACUGUAAGCUAGGAGAGUUUCCUUGUAAGUCUUAUGGUUGCAUCCCAGCCACAAGCGUAUGUGACUUCCGAUUAGACUGUGACGACUUCAGCGACGAAAACGAAUGUCCAAACCACUGUAGUUUUGAGGAUGGUGACUGUGGGUGGAAAGAAGUUGAGAAUGAUGGCCUAGACUGGGUAGUGGUUCACAGCAAUGAUAUGGUGUGGGGAACUGACCACACAGGACCCUUCAAUGACUCGACUGGCAAUUCAGAUGGACAUUUUCUAAUGGUGCAUAAGCAAACAAAGUUGAAGGAAGAACAGGAAGCAAAGACUUUCCUUCACUGGUUUCAGAAUUCUGCUGCAACCUGCGUAUUUGAGUUCUGGUUCUAUACUAUGCCACCCCAUAGCUCGGAUGUUACUCUGUGGCUCAACACUUCUAUAGAAGAAUUUACUGUUAUGGCUUACUUUAGCGAUAAAUUUGUCAGAGCUGAGCCAGGAAUAUGGCAUAUUGGGAGAGUCGGUAUAGGGCGCCACAAAGAAACUUUCCAGUUGUCUCUCCUCAAGAGAAACGCUCCUGAAUACUCAGGAGUGUUUGCCAUAGACGAGACGAAUUUCGUGGAGUGUGACUUCCCCCUGCCCACAGAAGGAGAAUGCUACCAACCGCUGUAUCACUGCCCUGCUACUAAGGUAUGUGUGGAUGUGGAUUCCUUGUGUGACCUGACCGACGACUGUGGUGAUGGAGAAGACGAGACGGAUGAAGUAUGUGGAGGCUACCACCGCAUUACCUUGGAAGACGACUCACUUGGGUGGUUUUCUCAGAGUCAGGAGGACGACACGGACUGGUUGCUGGGUAGUGGGACGGCCACGCCUAUAAUCCUGGGUCCUAAUUACGACCAUACUCUCUGGAACAAGAAAGGCCACUACCUGUAUCUCCCGGUGAACGAGCAAGCCAGUCAGGAGGCGACUCUGGUGAGUGAGCCCAUAACGGCGAGCCAAGAGUGUAAAUUCGUCUUCUUCUACCACAUGCAGGGGAGAAACAUGGGCAACAUAUCCGUAAUUAUUAGGAAAGCCACGAGUCCCACUCCUGACCCUGUCUGGACGAUCAGUGGGUCGCAAGGGAACACGUGGAACAAGGUCACUUUCGGUCCGGAUGAUCUCCCUCAGGACGAGACAUUCCGAAUUCUUGUUCAAGGCACCACCAACCCGACCCAGCUAGGUCACGUCGCCGUUGAUGACUUCAUCUUUGCCCCUGGUUGCCGGUCGCUGGGGAGCACAACGAUGGCUACAGGAUCCACGGGGGCGCCAGGCUGCACGGUGGAUCAAGUGCAAUGCAGUGAUGGUUCUUGUCUGCCUGCCGCGAGUCGCUGCAACUUCGUCGAGGAGUGCCCGGGCGGGGAGGGAACGGAUGAGGAGGGUUGCGUGAGUGCAAUAUGCACUUUCGAGGACUCCGACUUGUGCGGCUGGCAGAUCAUACCUUACCUCGGGCCGGCCUAUCCCGCACCGGGGGAAAAAGUGUGGUUCACCUGGCAAGUUAGCCGAGGAGUGGAUUCGCCGCUACAGCUGAUUCCACGAGAAGAGGAGAACCAUAAGCCAGGUCACGACCAUACGCACGGGGACGACACCAGCUACUACCUGUACGCCUGGACACUUGACUCGAGCUUCUGGGCCGACAGCAGCCUGUUCACCAUGCAGCCUCUCGGCGAGACCUCUGCGGCAUGCCAGCUCAGGAUGUGGUACUGGAUGUCGGGGAAGGAUCCGGGUUCUCUUCACGUCCUCCUCGAGCCCGACGGCGGUGGAGAGUCCCGUCAGCUCUCGAUGUUCGAGGGUGACCGUGGCGACAUGUGGAAUAUA